GCAUCUUUUCUAUGUCUGAAACAGCUUCCACGACCAAGCCAAUGGAAAAUGUUCCUUCACUGAUUUACAAAAACCCUAUUAGGAGAAGCUCUAGGCGAUCUACAAUGUAUCUUGGCGUGAGAAAAAGGCCAUGGGGAAGAUAUGCUGCUGAGAUUAGGAACCCUUAUACCAAAGAGAGACACUGGUUAGGCACAUUUGACACUGCUGAAGAGGCUGCUAUAGCCUAUGAUCUUUCAUCUAUCAACAUUUGUGGUAUUAACGCUCGAACCAAUUUUCAUUACCCUUUUCUCUCUCUUCCGCCACCUCCUUCUAUCUCAUUGCCUCCUCCACCGCCGCCACCUACCCCGGAGGAGCUGCAUCAAAGUGUCGGAGUUUGUCCGGAGAUGAAUUCUGUUUUCGAUGGCGAUGAUGAAUCUCUGGUUAUUGCUUCCAUUUUGCAAAGCUUUUCUAACUCUGGUAACUGUUCUUUUUAGUUUUUAUUCCAAUGAGACCUAAAAAAGGCUAUAAUCAGCAUUUGAUAUUAUUUAUGGCUUCUACACCAAAAUUUCUACGUAUCCAAUUACGUGCAGCGAACCGCUAUUUAUUCAUGUACAUAAGAUUUUAUUUUUUAUUUUUUUAAUUGGGCAUUGAAUUUCAAGGGGUUUUUUAAAUAUUGGUAUAAUGGUAAACUAAGGAGCUAUAGAUUUCAGCUGGGUUGAUUCUGGUCGAUGAAUAUUCAAGUAAUAGAAGAAAAAAGUGGUAGGAUAUACAGACUUAUACAUUUCCAAAUUACAUAUAAAAUAAUUUGAUGGAAUUCAGUUGGAUGUCAAAUUUUAACGUCUAAAAUUCAUGUAAAUUUAAAUGGUAGGAAAUUUAUCUUCUUUUUUUUUUCACAU